AUGAGUGUAACGGGCGAUCCUAUGGAGGGUAUUGAGGCAACUAAACGAACGGACUUUACAAUAUUUUUACCAUUGAUAAAGAAUGUUGAAAAAUACGCGGAUAAAGUUGGAGAAUGUUAUGAAAAUGCAGAACAUAAUAGAAGAAUUUGCAGUGUAUUACUGAAACGUGUUAAUAGCGCUGCAGGCGAAGUGAAGACUUUACGUCAACUAAAAAAUGAUUACAGUUGGUUUUUUGCAACUAGUGAAAAUUAUCCAAUCUUUCAAGGAUUCGUUAAAGUGAUUGAAAAAAUUCAAAAUUUUGUUAUUGAUGUUUCGCAAUUGCAAGGGGUCGGUAAAUACUUUAAUGAAUAUCGAGGUCCCGAAUUUUCGAUGGAUAAAAAAUUCCAUAGUAUUAUUGGAGAAUUUGAACAGGCCACAGAGGCACUUACUCGAGCGUUAAAGGGCCAUCUCUAUUUUGGAAGUCCAAAAACAGAUCAAAACAACGAAGAUGAAGAAGCUAUAAAUUUGGAUAUUCGUGAUAUGGAAAAU